GAUUUGUGUUUUGUGCGAGAUGAGAAUAUCAGCAUAUAGUUGAUGUAGAUGGAACGUUCCGUUAUCAGAUCGUUGUAGGCCGUAUUUCAUGGGGCUACUUGGUAAACGCCCGAUCCCCAACUCUCUCCACAUGAUAUGAAUUCAUUGUACCUAACACCUCUCGCAUUGAAACCCGUUUCACUCAUAGUCCAGACCAGCGUUUGUAAAACAUCCGAUGCUUAUGAGGAAAUACUGUAGAUCUAAUCAACACUGUACGGAAAACUACACUUCCUCACAGCUAAAUUUAUCCCGGCAUCACAGCCGCGCGGGGAUUACAGCAUUGAUUGAUCACGCGCCGUUUACUCAGCGACAGCUAGACCAGCGCGAGAUGAACCCAGUGUUUCAUGAGGGAUGUAGCGACGGCCCGGAGAUGGUGAGACUGUGCUCUUAUGGUAACGAUGUCAGGCACUGUUGGUAUAUGACUCUGGAGAAGGUGGACAGGCAUGAGAGGUGGAGGACCACAUUCGGACCAAUAAUAUUCAUAAAAAAACUGUUUGAAAUGAGGAGUAUAUCCCUAUCUGUAUAUUAAUUGGGUUUUGAAACAUGGAAGGACAAGUCCAGUCAGACCCGGCACAGGCGGCACACCCAUUUGUUGUUAACAGACCGAAGAAAUCAGUUGUGGAAGCAUACAUCCUUGCACUAGUGUUAGGCUUGCUGGGAGCGCAUCACUUCUACCUACGGAGGCCUGGGUUCGGUCUUGUGUACUUCUUCACGGUGGGGUUGUUGGGGGUGGGGUAUGUGGUGGAUCUGUUCCGGCUGCCGUGCCUGGUGACGGAGGCCAAUAGGAGGAGUGAAGACCCCCAUCACGUGCCUGACAAGACCCUGUGCGACGCCUAUGUUCUUUGGUUUCCUAUGGGACUUUUUGGCUUCCAUUUGUUCUACCUGGGGAAGCCGGGCCAGGGUAUUCUAUAUCUCCUCACCUUCGGUCUCUGUGGCAUUGGCUUCCUGGUAGAUCUGUUCCGCAUCCCCUCCAUCGUGAAGGCAGCCAACCAGUGUCCACGCGAGCCAGAUCCCGGAAAGACCAUAUGCAUGGCCUACAGCCUCGCCGCAUCCCCCUUAGGCGUCCUCGGCUUUCACCACUACUACCUAAACAGGCCCAUAUGGGGGAUAUUGUACACCUCUACCAUCGGCCUGAUGGGAGUGGGCUGGAUUUACGACUGGUUCCGCAUCCCCAUCCUCGUCAAACGCGCAAACGCUAUCAAAGCCAAGGAGGAAGACGAGGAGUGGAAACACUUGGAUGAUGUCUAUAUACUGUGGUUCCCCUUCGGGUGUCUGGGUCUCCACCAUUUCUACCUGAACAGGCUAGGAUGGGGCGCACUGUAUUUCUUUACACUUGGAAUGUUGGGCUUUGGGUGGUUGGUGGACUUCUGUCGACUGCAAAGUUUGUUGAAGGAUCAUAACAAGUAUUUAUCUGAACGCCGUCUCAGCGAGAAAACUACCCAACCAUCGUCUGAAGUCGGUCCUGUCUUAGUCACUCGAUCAGUGCAGACUGUUGUCACAGUGCCCAAUACGGCACCCGGAAGUGUGAUGACAAUGCCUGCUAGUGGAACAGCCCCGCCCCCUGGUGCAGCGCCGUCCCCUGGUGCAGCCCCGCCCAAUGGUGGCAUGAUGCCACCUCCUUAUGGCUACCAGAACAUGACAUCCUACCCGCCUCAAGGCUAUGCUGGGGUGCCUGCGGGGUAUCCCCAAGGAUCAGGCUAUCCGAACCAGGCUGUCUACCCCAAUCUCUCGGACGCUAAUGCAGUGGGACAGACCGCUCCUCCAAUGCCGCCGUCGUAUGAAGAGGUGCUGACUACUGCAGCUAAGCCCAGCCCUCCAUCCGAUGUCGGCAACAGUCUCCGUACAGAGAAGAAAAGCAGUGAAGGGACAAUGAUGGGGAACGUGUCUAUCUGAGUGGCAAUGGUGCAAUACUUAACCUGUUGUAAUGAUCAGGACGAGAGUUGUAGUGACACAAAACAGUCAUGAAACAGACCAAUGAAUUGUUUUCGUUUAAACAUUUUCAUAAUUUGUGACAAGGAUGUAUAAAGUACUCUGAAUUAAUAUUGGUUCAAAAUCUGA